AUAAACUACUCCCUCUUUUUCCCGUCUCUCUCUCUCUAAAAACGCUUCCAUUCCGCCGUCGUUUCGCCGGCGAUUCUAAUUUAUUUCUCAGUUAUUAUUUAUUAUCGUUCAAAUUUCAGUUAAAUUAUCCGUUACAGUAUCCACAUUAAUCUUUUGCAGCAUUUAUGACCGUCUGAUCUCCCUCGUGAUCCGCGCUCACUGUAAAAUAUCUCCUCGUCAGAGAGCUGAUAAUCAGAGUGAUAUAAUGUCUGGACCACUGGAUCGGUUUGCUAGACCUUGUUUUGAGGGAUUUUCGGGUAGUGAUGAGAGAAGAGAGAGGAAAUCUGAUUUUGAGAACUCGGAGGAUGAGAGGCGAACGAGAAUUGGUUCGUUGAAGAAGAAGGCGAUCAAUGCUUCCACUAAAUUUAAGCAUUCUUUGAAGAAAAAGAGUAGUAGAAGAAAGAGUGAUGGUAGAGUCAGCUCUGUUUCGAUUGAGGAUGUUCGCGAUGUUGGGGAACUUCAAGCUGUUGAUGAAUUUCGACAGGCAUUGAUCAUGGAUGAAUUACUGCCUCAUAGGCAUGAUGAUUAUCAUAUGAUGUUGAGGUUCUUGAAAGCAAGGAAGUUUGACAUUGAAAAAGCAAAGCACAUGUGGGCUGAAAUGCUUCAAUGGAGGAAGGAAUUUGGUACUGAUACUAUUAUUGAGGAUUUUGAAUUUAAAGAGUUAAGUGAAGUAUUGAACUAUUAUCCCCAUGGUAAUCAUGGUGUUGAUAAAGAUGGCAGACCUGUUUACAUUGAAAGAUUGGGAAAAGUUGAUCCGUACAAACUUAUGCAUGUCACAACUAUGGAUCGCUAUGUAAAAUAUCAUGUGAGGGAGUUUGAGAAAAGCUUUCAAAUAAAGUUCCCAGCUUGUACCAUUGCUGCAAAGAGGCAUAUAGACUCGAGCACAACGAUUUUAGAUGUUCAGGGUGUGGGUCUUAAGAACUUCACCAAGAAUGCACGUGAUCUCAUUAUGCGGCUCCAGAAGGUUGAUGGUGAUAAUUACCCUGAGACACUCCACCAAAUGUUCAUCAUCAAUGCUGGUCCUGGAUUUAGGCUGCUGUGGAAUACUGUAAAGACUUUUCUAGAUCCAAAAACCACCUCAAAGAUUCAUGUUCUUGGAAACAAGUAUCAAGGCAAACUGCUUGAGAUAAUUGAUGCCAGUGAGUUGCCUGAUUUUCUUGGUGGAACCUGUACGUGUGCAGAUCAGGGGGGUUGCCUUAGGUCGGAUAAGGGACCGUGGAAAAAUACAGAAAUUUUGAAGAUGGUACUUAAUGGUGAAGCAAGAGGUACCAGGCAGAUUGUAAAAGUUCUAAACAGUGAGGGCAAGGUUAUCUAUGCAAAGCCGCAUUACCCCAUGAUCAAAGGUAGUGAUACAUCCACUGCUGAGUCUGGAUCUGAAGCUGAAGAUAUUGCCUCUCCUAAAGCACUCAGGAGUUAUUCACAUCUUAGGCUUACUCCCGUCCGCGAAGAAGCUAAAGUAGUUGGUAAGGGAAGCUAUGCUGCUAACUUCUCAGGGUAUGAUGAAUACGUUCCGAUGGUUGACAAAGCUGUUGAUUCUGGAUGGAAAAAGCAAUCAUCGGCUCAGAGGCCAUCUGUUUCUAAGGCAACACUUACUCUUCCCAGCAAUCAAAAGACUCCAGAAAGAAUUCAUGCUAGAAUUUUGGUUGCAGUUAUGGCUUUCUUUAUGACCCUUUUCACUCUUCUCCAUACAAUGGUGUUUCGUUUAACUAAGAGGCUUCCCCAAACAUCAUCUGAUUCUAAUCAAAGUUUACCUGCGCUUACUUCUAAUGCAACAAAAGAAGAGUUUUCUCCUCCUUCACCAACAGCUGCUUUUACAGAGGCAGUUCUUUUGUCCUCUGUAAUCAAAAGGCUCGGUGAGCUUGAGGAGAAAGUUGAUACACUUAAAGCCAAGCCAUCAGAAAUGCCUUACGAGAAAGAGGAAUUACUGAAUGCUGCUGUUUGUCGCGUGGAUGCUCUUGAAGCUGAGCUAAUUGCUACUAAGAAGUCACUUCAUGAAGCUUUAAUGAAGCAAGAAGACUUGCUUGCUUACAUAGACGCUCAAGAAGAAGCCAGGUUCCGGCAGAAAAAGUUCUGCUGGUAAGAUGUUUUGCGAGAGACGGCAACUUCUUGACCGGCGCUAAAAUUAUCAUUUUGAAUAUAAUGUGUGUUUUAACAUACAUGCCCGAUGUUGAUUGUACCGAGGAUUACGCUCUUUAACUGAUGUGAGUUUCUGUCGAUGAUUACACAGGGAUGCAUGGACUUGUAAGAAAAUUAUUGUAUAACUAUUACUCUGAAAUCUCAUUUUAUUUUUCGGCUUUGUUUGUUCAA